AUGGCGGCAGCGCUGGGGCAGGCGGUGCAGCAGGGGCGCGUGCUGGUGGCGCGGACUUAUGACCGCGCCCAGCAUGCGGGGUGUGAGGGGGACGCCAAUGCUCAAUGGCACUGCUACUUCCUGCCUGAAACAUCCGAUGAGUGCCGCAGCACCUUCUUCCCACAGGCGAGUGAAAGAGCCGUCAGAGUUGCAUGCCAGCUGUACGGAGAGAAGCUGCUGGGAGGCACUUCUGACAGCUCACAGGGCCACACCCUCUCGGGGCCACACCCUCACGGGGCCACACCCUCACGGGGCCACACCCUCUACUCACGGGGCGUAGAGCGGGUGAAAGAGCUGUCAGAGUUGCCUAGUAGCUAUACUGGCCCAGACCCCCUUAUAGUCACGGGGCGUAGAGUCACAGAUGCGCCGCUGGAGGAGUGGGGCCAGGGGGAUGGGGACGAGGGAGACGCUGACGUGGCAAUUGCAGAGAAUUUGACCAAUCAAACCCCAGGCGUGGACAGCUCGACCAAUGAGGGCCCAGAAGAAGCGAAACCGGGCAGGCCAGGUCUCCAGCAGUCCAGCACUGCACUCAACCCAUCUUCUUCUCACUCUAUGCUCUCAUGCCCAGCCUUUCCCCGCAUCCUCCCCCUGCCCCAUCCCCACAACCAUCCCCCUAUCCUUCCCCCCCAUUCCCUCGUUCCCCCCCGCUCCCCCGUUUCCCUCGUCCUCACGUUUCCCUCGUCCUCACGUUUCCCUCGUCCUCACGUUUCCCUCGUCCUCACGUUUCCCUCGUCCCCGUUUCCCUCGUCCUCACGUUUCCCUCGUCCCCGUUUCCCUCGUCCUCACGUUUCCCUCGUCCCCGUUUCCCUCGUCCUCACGUUUCCCUCGUCCCCGUUUCCCUCGUCCUCACGUUUCCCUCGUCCCCAUUUCCCUCGUCCUCACGUUUCCCUCGUCCUCACGUUUCCCUCGUCCUCACGUUUCCCUCGUCCUCGCGUUUCUCUCGUCCCCGUUUCCCUCGUCCUCACGUUUCCCUCGUCCUCACGUUUCCCUCGUCCUCACGUUUCCCUCGUCCUCACGUUUCCCUCGUCCUCACGUUUCCCUCGUCCCCACGUUUCCCUCGUCCUCACGUUUCCCUCGUCCUCACGUUUCUCUCGUCCUCACGUUUCUCUCGUCCUCACGUUUCCCUCGUCCUCACGUUUCUCUCGUCCUCACGUUUCCCUCGUCCUCGCGUUUCUCUCGUCCCCGUUUCCCUCGUCCUCACGUUUCCCUCGUCCUCACGUUUCCCUCGUCCUCACGUUUCUCUCGUCCUCACGUUUCCCUCGUCCCCGUUUCCCUCGUCCUCACGUUUCCCUCGUCCUCACGUUUCCCUCGUCCUCACGUUUCCCUCGUCCUCACGUUUCCCUCGUCCUCACGUUUCCCUCGUCCUCACGUUUCCCUCGUCCCCGUUUCCCUCGUCCUCACGUUUCCCUCGUCCUCACGUUUCCCUCGUCCCCGUUUCCCUCGUCCUCACGUUUCCCUCGUCCCCGUUUCCCUCGUCCUCACGUUUCCCUCAUCCCCGUUUCCCUCGUCCUCACGUUUCCCUCGUCCCCGUUUCCCUCGUCCUCACGUUUCCCUCGUCCCCGUUUCCCUCGUCCUCACGUUUCCCUCGUCCUCACGUUUCCCUCGUCCUCACGUUUCCCUCGUCCUCACGUUUCCCUCGUCCCCGUUUCCCUCGUCCUCACGUUUCCCUCGUCCUCACGUUUCCCUCGUCCCCGUUUCCCUCGUCCUCACGUUUCCCUCGUCCCCGUUUCCCUCGUCCUCACGUUUCCCUCAUCCCCGUUUCCCUCGUCCUCACGUUUCCCUCGUCCCCGUUUCCCUCGUCCUCACGUUUCCCUCGUCCCCGUUUCCCUCGUCCUCACGUUUCCCUCGUCCCCGUUUCCCUCGUCCCCGUUGCCCUCGUGCCCAUGUACCCCCUCAGAGUCCAGAGCACCUGUACUGGUGGGUCCCCUUCCUUGCUCCACUCUCACCCCUUCUCCCCUCGCCACCCCACCCUCCCCCCAAGCUGAAGCACCUGUGCUGGCGGGCCUAGGCGCACCAACCCCCCCAACCAGCCCCCUUUUUUCCUUCCGCAAGAGCCCCUUUCCUCCCCCCUCCCAGCCUGAAGCACCUGUGCUGGCGGGCCCAGGUGCAACCACCCCCCAACCCCCCCCUGUUUCCCCUCGUCCGCCCCUUUAUUCCCCCCCCAGGCUGAAGCACCUGUGGUGGCGCGCCCAGGCGCUGCGCUUCCUGCUGCGCGCCCCCUCCCCCUAUCUCUGCCAUGUCAGCAACGUGAUUCGGCAUGAUGCGUUCGGGCCAAUGGCAGCGCGGGUGGCCGCGCUGGGGGAAGCUGCUGUGGCUCAAGCUGACGUGGCAGGUGAGGGAUGGAGGGAUUGCAUGCGGAAGGAGUAUGAGUGUGUUGCAACUCUCUGCGCUGCCAGUCACAGCCACAGCCCCACUUCCCCAGCAGAUGCGCCCUCCUCUAUCCAAGGCACCUCCGGCAGCAUGGAGAGUGACUUGUGGCGGCGCCACGUGGCAGUGUGGGUGCCGCGGCCGCUGGUGGGUGUGCACGUGCGGAGCGCGGGGCAAGGGGGAGCGGAGGCGGGCGUGUGCAGGACAAUGGGUGCGCUGGUGGCCGUGAGGCAGCAGCUCCCUGCUGCUCGCUUCGUGUGGCUCAAUUCUGACGAGCAGGAGGUGAGGGGUGGGUGA